CGAGUCCCGGAACUCCUAAGCGCUCCCCUUCCCCCUCUUGCCGGCGAUUGCAGGAGAUUGGUACUUCCGAUCUGCAAUCGGGCCAACUGGGGAUGGACGGCCAAGCCCAUUCGAGGAGGUGCUCGUCGUUCAGCGGCUCACCUGCGAGGAAGAAGCAGCCGGAGAUGGGGAGUUCCGACAGCGGUCGGAAGACGCCCCUCUCGCGUUCUUUGACUUUAACUGGUGAGAGAACUGUCAAGAGGCUACGACUGUCAAAAGCAUUGACAAUGCCCGACAGUACAACAGUGCUGGAGGCUUGCCGAAGGAUGGCUGCUCGUAGGGUUGAUGCUGCGCUGCUGACUGACUCAAAUGCUUUGCUCUGCGGAAUCCUGACGGACAAGGAUAUAGCAACAAGAGUUGUUGCUUGUGAAUUGACGCUUCAGGAUACGCCAGUUUCGAAAGUGAUGACAAGAAAUCCCAUUUUUGUUCUUUCCGACACUCUUGCAGAGGAAGCAUUGCAGAAGAUGGUCCUUGGGAAAUUUAGACAUUUGCCUGUUGUGGAGAAUGGUGAAGUUAUUGCUUUGCUUGACAUCACAAAAUGUCUAUAUGAUGCCAUUGCACGACUAGAGAGGGCAGCUGAGAAGGGGAAAGCUAUUCAAGCUGCUGUUGAAGGGGUCGAGAAAAACUGGGGAACAUCUAUAUCUGGGCCUAGUACGUUCAUUGAAGCUCUUCGAGAGCAGGUAUUUCAGCCAUCAUUGUCAACAAUUAUCCAAGGAACUCAAAGUAGGGUUGUUACAGUCUCACCAACUGAGUCAGUUUUGUCUGCUACCAAGAGAAUGGUUGAAUUUCAAAUGGGUUCGGCAAUAAUUACCAUCGGAAAUAAGCCAAUUGGAAUACUUACUUCAAGAGAUAUUUUGAUGCGUGUGGCUGCAAAGAAUCUUUCACCAGAUACAACUGCUGUAGAAAAGGUUAUGACACCGAAUCCCGAAUGUCGAAGCAUUGAUACCUCGAUCCUUGAUGCUCUUCACACUAUGCGAGCUGGAAAAUUUUUGCAUCUUCCUCUAACAGACAGAAAUGGUAUCAUUGUCUCAGUGAUUGAUGUACUUAAUAUCACACAUGCUGCAUUGGCCACAUUUGAAAGCAGUGCUGCCGUUGGAAAUGAGGCCGCAAUUUCUUUGAUGCAAAAGUUCUGGGAUUCUGCAAUGGCCACAGGGCCUUCGGAGGAAGAUGAUGAGACACGGAGUGAAGGAUCUAUGAAGAUGACAUCUGAGGUGACAGACGUUGUGGCCUCUGCGUACCCUUCUUCAAACUUACCUGACAUGUUCUCUUUCAAGCUUGAGGAUAAACAGGGCAGGAUGCAUAGAUUCCAUUGUGAAACGCGGAGUUUGACAUACCUUAUCACUUCCAUCCUUCAAAGGGUGGGCGAUGACAUCGACAGGAAUCAUCUGCCACAUAUCCUGUACGAAGAUGAGGAUGGUGACAAAGUCAUUUUAGCAUCCGACAGUGACCUGGUUGCAGCCGUGGACCAUGCAAGACUUGUUGGCUGGAAGGGAUUGAGGUUACACUUGGAUUACUCUGCCAAUGGGUGUGGGAAGAAGGGUAGGGGAUCAGGAAGAAUGGAGUUGGCAAACAUAGAUGCAUGGGCAGCAGCAUACAACAUGGUUGCAGCAGGAGCUGCAGUCGUGGCUGGCCUGGGUAUGAUGGCUUACUUGAAGAGAUUCGCAUCAUAAAUCAAUACACUAUCAAUAGUGCCUCAGACACACCUCUCCCUAAGCCAAGCAACUGCAAGUAGCAGAGAAGUGAAGCAAGCAACAGCCCUGUAAUCAUUUUGAUGGAUAGCUUUCCUCUCAGGUUAUAUAUAAAUGAAGAACCGUGAGGAGAAAAGCCAUCAUCAAGCGAAGCAAAUUUUGUGUAGGGUGG